AUUUGUUUAUAUUUAUAUAUAUACUUUCUAAAUUAGCUAUGAAAAUUUUUAAAUCGAUAUACCUUUUUUUUAUUAUAGUAUGUGUAUUUAAAAUAUCAAGCAUAGAAUGCUAUGAAAAAAAGAAGAAUAACCAGAAACCAACAGGAUAUGUGGGAUUAUUUGAAGAUAAUAUAGAUCAAAGAAAAUCAUUGGUUUUAGAUGGGAAGAGUGAUUAUUUAUCAAGCAAUAUAUUUAUUGGGUCAGAUCCUUUUAAUGUCAUUAUAGAUACAACUUUAAAUUAUUUAAUUGUAGCAGAAAGAAAGUGUGAUGGUUGUUCACAAUUUCCUCCAUACUACAGAGAAUCAGCAGUAUUCGAAAAUAUACCAUGUGACUCACCAACGUGCCAUGCUAUUGGAAACACUUGCGAGAAACCAAACAAAUAUAACCCACCAACAUGCGGCUAUGAAACAGUUUUACAACCAUAUGGUGCAAAUAUUAAAACAAUUUUAUAUAGGGAUAUUAUAUCUAUUGAUGAUUUUAAGAAUAUUCCAGUCAUAAUCUCUGCAAUCUAUGAACAAAGUAAUGGUCCAUCAUUAAGAUCUGCCAUUCUAGGUGUUGGUCCAAGUUGCCCUACUUGUCCACCUAGUCCACUACAAACUUUAUUAUAUACAUUAAAAAAACCAUAUAUAUUUGGAAUUUCAUUAGAUAAAAAUUAUUUUGGAGGUAUUUCAAUUGGAAUAGUUGAUCCAUUACUUUAUACAGGAUCAAUAAACUAUACAGCAAUGAGUAAAAAGGAUGGACUUUACUCAAUAUCUCCUAGUAUUAUUGGUGGUUUUUGGAAUGGUCAAAUUUUUAACCUAACUAGAAGCAAUGACAUUAAAAGAUUCAUUCUAUCAUCAUCAUCAUCACUAUCCUAUAUUCCUUCCUCUUCUUAUUCCAAAUUAAAAACUUUUUUAAAAAAUGGUGGAUGUCAAAACGAUUUAGAUUUCUGUUCAAAAAUUGACCUGUUAUUUAAUUCAUGUGUUAAUGCAAGUCAAAUCUCAAUUGAUAGGUUUCCUAAUAUCGAUUUUUAUUUUGAUGAACAAUUCAUAUUAAACAUCCCACCAAAAAACUAUUUCCAUUUAAUUUCUAGAAAUAAUCAGGUUUAUGUUUGUAUGGGAAUUUUGGAAUCACCUGAUCAAAAUGCAAUUAUUGGUAUUAAUUUAAUGAGGGAGCUAUACACUGUUUUUGAUAACGAAAAUUCUCGUAUUGGUUUUGGUCGUGGUGGUUAAGAAUAGAUAAUUAUCAUAAUAAUCAUAAUAAUAAAAUAAAUAAAUAAAACAAAAUAAUCAAAUAAACACACAUUACACCCCCUUUUUUUUCAAAAUUUUUAAAAAAAAAAAUAGCAAUAGAAAAAUUUGAUUUAAAGUAAUACUAUUGUAUUAUUUUUUAUUCAUAUUCUUAAAUAAAUUAUUUGUUAUCAGGUGUGAACAAAUUUAAUUUAUC